AUGGCUACAAAACCAACUGAACUCGACGAAGCACAGCAAGCGCUCGAGACAAAAUUGAAACAUAUCGCGAUAACUCGAGAGAAAACCGAGAAAAUUAUCUCUUCGAACAACGAACAACGCAUAGAAAGACAUCGUGAUGCUUUAAAGGAUCUGGUAAAUGCUGCAGAUAGUUCUAAACGAACAGUAGAGGGAUUAAAAAUUGCAAAUGGCGAAGAUAUUGAGAGUAUUACAGAGUGGGGUGAAAAGAUAGAAAAUACCAUCGGCCAGGCUGACAUCGACUUGGAUACGUUACAAAAGUGGAUCAUUAAAACCAAGGAACAUACUACAGCUAAAAGUAGAAAAGAGCAACUAGAUUUCGAAAAGGAAUUAUACGAAGCUAAGCUACAUUAUAAAACCCAGUUAGAGGAAACCAAGCAACAGCAAAUCGGGGGAGAAACAUCGAGUUCCAUGUCAAGUUCUGGGCUCGAAGCGAAGCUACCAAAGUUAGUAAUAACAAAAUUCAAUGGAACCUACGAAGAUUGGCAACGAUUUUGGAACCAAUUUCGAGAGACAAUCGACAAGUCAAGCGUAUCGAGUGUGACAAAGUUUUCGUACUUAAGAGAGUUAUUGGAUAAAAAAGUCAAACCAACUAUCGAAGCCCUGCCCUUCACGAAUGAAGGCUAUAACCGUGCGAAAAGUAUUCUCCAGUCGAAGUAUGGGAAAGAGUCUGAAAUUGUCAAAGCGUACACUAAGCAAAUUUUGGAUUUACCUUACAUCUCGGAUGCAAACGUUGGGAAAGUUCACGAAUUUAGUGAGAAACUUUCCUAUUGUGUUCAGUCAUUAGAAACAAUGGGGAAGCUAGAACAAAUAAAUGGUAACGUUGCAAUGACAUUGGAUAAGUUAGCUGGAAUACGAAGCGAUUUGGUUCGGACCGACCCGGAAUGGGAGGACUGGGACUACAACAAACUGACUGAGGCGCUAAAGUUGUGGACUCGACGAAAUCCCAUCAAUGAUUCGAUAAAGAAAGACACUCGUCCACGAAACCAUGACAACAAGGUAUUCAAUACAAAGCUGGGUGCGCGAGGGUGUGUUUAUUGUGAUGCAAAGGAGCACAAGUCAACUGACCGUCCCAAAGUUGUCGAUACCCAGGAAAUAAAGUCAGUACUGCCCAAACGGCGACUUUGUUUCAACUGCACAGGUGAAGGUCAUCAAGCAGCAAGUUGUACAAGCAAGAUAGCAUGUCAGAACUGCGAACGGCGACACCAUACAUCAGUCUGCAACCAACCGAAGGAAAGGAAUAACCUCAUGACUGCAAAGAAUGGCGAAGGAACAUUUCCAAUUGUGACGGUGAAGGUGAAUGGGGUAACCUGCAGAGACCUUGUGGAUUCGGGAGCUGGCAGCUCAUACGUUUCAGCUAAACUGGUUAGUCUCCUGAAUAAAAAACCUGUUGAUAUGAAAAUGAAACAAAUUGAUAUGCUUAUGAGUAGUAAGUUGGAACACCUCGAGACAUACGAAAUGGAGAUACAGUCAGUUGAUAGGGACUUCAGCAUGCAAGUGGACUUAAUCAAGGUAAAUAAGAGUGAACUCUUGUCAAUUGACAACCCACACUAUAAGGUCCAAGUUGAUACCUACCCCCAUCUUAAAGGAGUGCAUAUUCAUGAUGAUGAUGCAAAGCCCCAGUUACCAGUGCAUGUCGUUCUUGGAGGGGGGAGUAUGCCAGAAUAAAAACCAAGAGUUGUCCGCGAGUUGGGAAAGAAGGUGAACCCAUCGCUGAACUCACAAAGUUGGGGUGGUUUAUUAUGUCUCCAGGACAGGAGUUUGACCAUAAUAACAUGAUGUUAAUGCAGACCUCUCAGUCAGAUUAUGAGGUCUGCCGACUAGAUGUACUGGGACUGUCUGACACAGCAGAGCACGACCAAAGUGAAGUUUACAGGGAGUUUAAGGAGCAGUUACAGCGAUCUCCAGAGGGCUGGUACACAACUAGUCUACCUUGGAAAGGGAAUCACCCUCCCCUUCCUACAAAUGAGAAAGGAAGCCUUCAGCGUCUCAUAUCCCUGUAGAAUCAUCUUCUCAAAAGGGGACUCUUCGAACAGUACGAUGCUAUAAUCGAAGACCAAAAGGUUCAAGGAAUUGUUGAGGAAGCACCAGCAAAACCUGAGAACAGGGAGAGUUACAUACCCCACAAGGAAGUGGUGAGAGAGACAGCGACAUCUACCAAACUGUGUGUAGUAUAUGACGCAUCAGCGAAAGCAACCCCAGACAGUCCUUCACUUAACGAUUGUCUUUAUCCCGGCCCUCCUUGCAGAAUAAACUCUGGGAAGUGCUUGUGCGACAAAGAACCCACCCAGUGGCCUUGGCAGGUGAUAUUAAACAAGCUUUUCUGCAGAUACGCAUCAAAGAGAUGAUCUUCGAUUUCAUUGGAGAUGAAGAAAUGACGAAAUCCAGAUCCUACGGUUUACUAGGGUGCUGUUUGGACUAGCACAAUCACCAUUUCUUCUCGGUGGCAUCCUGGAAGCACACCUGGAUAUGUGGAAAGAGAAACGACCCAACGAUGUUGAAGAGAUUAGACGCAGUUUGUUGUUGACAACAUUCUCAGCGGUGGUGAAACAGUUCAGCAAGCACAAGAGCGAAAAGAAGCUGCCAUAACUAUACUUGAUGAUGCCAGAUUCUCACUUCAUAAGUGGGCAUCGAACGAAAGCGACCUUGAAGACGAACGAAAAUUGCCAACCAGUGAUGAAGACCAGACGGCUGCAAAGAUGCAGUUGGGCGUAGCACUGACAGAGUCAAAGAUACUUGGAAUGCCAUGGAACAAAAGGGAAGAUACCUUGGGUGUGCAAUUGACCCAUGAAGAGAACAGCGCGACAACAAAACGGGGAAAUCCUCAGACAUUUGGCUAAAGUUUACAACCCCCUGGGCCUUGCUUCACCCUUGACAUUGCUAGGGAAGAUCAUCUAUCGAGACAUUUGUGAUGCAAAGCUCCCAUGGGAUGCUGAACUUGACGGCGUGCUGGAAUCACAAUGGCUGUCAUGCAAACGGAUGCUUCCUGAUAUGAUAACAGUCCCUAGACCAAUCGCUCGACAUCAGGAGCCAAUUACAGAUAUCCAACAUCAUGGAUUCGGCCACGCUAGCAAUCAAGGAGUCAGUGCUGUUGUAUACGCGCUCGCCAAACAAGACUCCAGAGACACCCAAACGUUAGUGGCUGCAAAGUCUCGCCUGGCGAAACGUGGACUUACCAUUCCUUGGCUAGAAUUGGUCGCUGGUCAUAUGACAGCAAACCUGGUUAGCAACGUGGCGAAGGUAAUCGGUCAAGAAAGAGUGUCACAACAACAUGAUGGCAUGACAGUACAGUCGCUCUGUAUUGGAUACGAGGCAUGGGGGAGUACCGACAGUUUGUGGCUAAUCGUGUCAUAA